AUGUCGUGCCGCUCCUUCCAGCCGGGCUCCAGGUGUGGCAGCCGGAGCUUCAGCUCGUGCUCAGCCAUCCUCCCCCGGAUGGUCACCCACUAUGCGGUGAGCCAGGGGCCGUGCCGGCCCGGGGGUGGGGGCGGCCUCCGCGCCCUGGGCUGCCUGGGCUCCCGGAGCCUGUGCAACGUGGGCUUCGGGAGGCCCCGGGUCGCCUCCAGGUGUGGCCUGCCUGGCUUCGGGUACCGGGCAGGGGCCGCCUGUGGGCCCUCGGCCUGCAUCGCCCCCGUCACCAUCAAUGAGAGCCUGCUGGUGCCUCUGGAGCUGGAGAUCGACCCGGCCGUGCAGAGGGUGAAGAGGGAUGAGAAGGAGCAGAUCAAGUGCCUGAACAGCCGCUUUGCAUCCUUUAUCAACAAGGUGCGAUUCCUGGAGCAGAAGAACAAGCUGCUGGAGACCAAGUGGAACUUCAUGCAGCAGCAGAGAUGCUGCCAGAGCAACAUAGAGCCCAUCUUCGAGAACUACAUCUGCACCCUGCGGAAGCAGUUGGACUUCGUGGCGGGGGACCGGGCCAGGCUGGAGUCGGAGCUCAGCAGCCUGCAGGACGCACUGGAAAGCUACAAGAAAAAGUAUGAAGAGGAGCUCUCCCUGAGACCCUCUGCUGAGAACGAGUUUGUCGCCUUGAAGAAGGAUGUGGACACAGCCUUCCUGAUGAAGUCUGACCUGGAGACCAACUUGGAGGCUCUGCUCCAGGAGAUCGACUUCCUAAAAGGCCUGUAUGAGGAGGAGAUCUUCCUGCUGCAGUCCCAGAUCUCGGAGACCUCCGUCAUUGUGAAGAUGGACAACAGCCGGGAGCUGGAUGUGGAUGGCAUCGUGGCCGAGAUCAAGGCCCAGUAUGACGACAUCGCCAGCCGUAGCAAAGCUGAGGCCGAGGCCUGGUACCAGAGCCGGUAUGAGGAGCUGCGGCUGACAGCGGGGACCCACUGUGACAAUCUCCGCAACCGCAAGAAUGAGAUCCUGGAAAUGAACAAGCUGAUCCAGCGGCUUCAGCAAGAAACUGAGAAUGUGAAAGCCCAGCGCUGCAAGCUGGAGGCCGCAGUGACCCAGGCAGAGCAGCAGGGUGAGGCGGCCCUCAGUGAUGCCAAGUGCAAGUUGGCAGGGCUGGAGGAGGCCCUGCAGAAGGCCAAGCAGGACAUGGCCUGCCUGCUCAAGGAGUACCAGGAGGUGAUGAACUCCAAGCUGGGCCUGGACAUCGAGAUCGCCACCUACAGGCGGCUGCUGGAGGGCGAGGAGCACAGGCUGUGUGAAGGCAUUGGGCCCGUGAAUAUCUCCGUGAGCAGCUCCAAAGGCGCGGUCCUCUACGAGCCGUGUGUGGUCAGCACACCCAUGCUGGGCACCGGUGUCAAGAGCAGCGGGGGCUGCAGCGUCGUGGGCACCGGUGAACUCUACAUCCCCUGCGAGCCCCAGGGGCUACUGGGCUUUGUGAGCGGGCGGAGUUCUGGCAUGAAGCUGGGGGCUGCGUGA